AUAACCCUCUAUCCACUACGUACCAUCAUCCGUCGUCAAUACUUUCGUGAUACUACCUACCCCUUUAAACUUCCACUCAUACACUGGAGUGUUUUGAUAUAAUUUCAUUUCACUUCAUUCCAUUUCCCUACACGAUUACUCAUAAUGCGUUCCACACUAUUCAUGCUGCUGACAACCCUGGCUCUCGCCAUGGCAGCCCCAGCCCCAGCCCCCGCUCCUCUAGCAUCGACAUCUUCUUCACAAGCAGCCCCGUCUCCCGCCGCGACACCCUCGUCAUCCAAACCGACCACUUGCCCCAAGGAGAGCUCGAAGCAAUGCUGCAUGUCCAUCAACCAGACAGGCGAGCGGAUCACAGAGCCCCUAACUCAGAUUUUGCCCGUCGGGGGUGUCGAGCUGAGUUCCCUUGUUGGACUUUCUUGCGUCCCGAUGAGCGCAGAUACCAAGGAUGAUACCUGCUUGGAAGAUAUUAUGUGUUGUUCCAGUGGAUCAGUGGAUGGCUUUGGGAUUAUCAAGGGGUGUCAGACGAUCCAGGAGGCAAACCAGGCGAAACAUUCUUUGGAAUUGAGCAGUGCUUGACGAACUUAUAUACUAGAAUAGAAUACUUAAUACCACUUAAUACCACUUAUGAUUAAUACUGAUUUCCAUUAUUUGAUUCAUAC